AUUCCUAAGCUGUCUCUCUCUCCCUCUCUCCCCCAGAAAGGGCGAAAUUUCGCCGCCUCUCAGGCUCUCAGCCACAGCCACUUCCUUUGCUUCUCCGCAUAACCCUCUCCCAAAACCUCAGCCUCUCUCUCUCUAAAGCUCUCUCUAUAUUUCUAUAGUUUUAUAUAUCCCUUAGCGAUUUUAGCGAACAAUAUAGCUGCGUUUGGAGAGCGUUAUAUCUCAUUGUAGGUGUAUUGAAGCACUACCAUUCAUUACUGUUUAUCAAAUUUCGGUCUUUGAUUUCCUGGUGAUGAAGAUUUUAGCAGCAAAUGCCGGUACACUUACCAAUUUUGAAGUUCUUGACUUUCUACGGUCUAAAGGGGCUGCAAAGGAUUCAACUCGAGUUCUUGCUAAUGUUGUACCAUCUGAGUACAAGGUAUAUGAUUAUUUGGUUAAAACUGCUGCUUGUAAUCAAACCAAAGAGAAUAUCAAAGAAUUCUCAGAGAGAUGUAAAAAGUUUGACCUUGCGAAGGCUGAGGUGCUAAAUAUCAUCAACAUGAGACCGUCUUCUGCAGUUGGGGUUUAUCCGAUUGUAGAGCAAUGUGCUGAUCGUUUUGAAGAUGUGGAAGAGCUAGUAGAGUUGGUCACAACGAUGUUGCCGCCACCUCCAACCCAACCUGAAUCUGAAGGAGGGAAUACUCAACCUGAAUCUGAAGGAGAGAAAACUCAACCUGAAUCUGAAGGAGAGAAAACUCAAGCUGAUUCUGAAGGAGGGAAACCUAAAGAAGGAACCGAUGAGUAGGUUGUGCAAAUUUCUUCAUGAUGUACCUGUUUGGUGAAGAAUUUAGGAUAUUCAAUUGGUAGCAAUUAAUCAUUAAAAUCAUCCGUUAGAAAAUGUGCAAUGUACCAAGUUUAUAAAUGAUACAAAAGGAAAUGCCAGAGGUUAACUGUUAA